AUGACGCGCAAGGUGAGCACCCGAGCGACGAGCCUCUUGGACGCCGCCGCCGACGCGUUCGACUCGAACGGACGCCAUGACGUUCCGGACGACGCUACGAUCUUGUCGCGGGCUGUGGACCCAAAGCUGCGCAUUGGCUGGACGCAGACACGGAGCGAGCUCUACGUGUACAUUCCCGUUCGGCCUCGCAUCGUGCAAAAGGGCGUCAACAUCCUCGCCACCGAAGCCGCCGACAAGAGUCACUGGCUCACGAUCAUCGUCGACACGAUCCCACGCGCGCACGUCCGUCUCGCCCACCGCGUGCUGUCGCGGUCGCUCGACUGGGAGAUUGGUCCGCAGAAGGAGGCGAGUCCCUUCUACGCGCCUGCGAUUGCGAUCGAUCCCGCGUUUCCGCAAGAGGUCGUUGUCACGCUCGUGAAGGAGGCGGCCAAACAUUGGUCAACUCUGUACUACCCACCGCAGUAGUCACUAUGCGCACAAAUCAGCCUUUGUAUCACAAAUUACGGCUUGCGGAGUCGGUUCAAACGACAAA